AUGCAACUCCCGACUCAGCAGCAGACUGCCUCCACUGAUUCCGUCCCGGCUUCUAAUGGCCAACCUGGACAGUUCCCGAAUGAGAACCACGCUCCGUACACUCCGGGUUACCAGCAGAUCCCACCUGUCAACAAUCGUGAUGCCAACGGACAGACCCUCCCACACCUCUUCGCUGGUCUCAGCCUCCACAACCAGCGUCCAGGUGCCAAGAUCGGUCCCAUGAAAGGCAACGUACCUAUGGCAGUUGCUCCUUUCGAUCUCUCUGGACCUCGUACGAUGUACAAUGGUCAAUUUGUUUAUCUUCCCAACGGAGCCCUUGCCAACGGACCCUUGUUCAAUGGCAUGCCCCAAGUCCCUUCUUUUGCUCCUACUCUUCCUGGACACGAGCAAUUGGGCCAAUUUCCAUACCUGUCUACUGGAAUGUACCCAAGCGUGAACCCUGGCUGCUCCGUCGUCCCGGGGGCUAUUCCGGGGUAUCCUCUCCCAUAUUUGGUCAACGGUGAGGUCCAGGACCAGACGGGCCAAAAGAAGACCUCCUGGAGCUCCAGUGAGGAAAGCAAGACAUCUGCUCCAGCGUCCUCUGAAGCCCAGCCAGAGUACUACGCCAACUCUACUGUUCCCAGUGUGGAAGGUUCCAACAUCCCGAACUAUCCAUACAGCAUUCCUCAGCAAUUGGGUCCAGCUUGUCUGCCAUUGCAGAUGAUGAAGACUCCAACUGGUUAUGCCUUGCAGGAUCUCGAGGCGUUGACGCAACAAGAGCCGUCGAUCCCACGGGCCGUCCCUGCCAUGUGGACCAAUCCUUCGGAGAUGACCCUGGCUAAAUGUCUCGAGAAUCGUGAGGGCAUCACCAACGUCUACAUUCGUGGUUUUCUCCCUGAGACUACGGAUGAGAUGCUGCACGAUUACGCAUCUCGUUUUGGAAAGAUUGACCGCUGCAAAGCAAUCGUGGACUUGGACUCCGGUCUCUGCAAAGGUUUCGGCUUUGUCCAGUACUUCAAUUUCGAAUCUUGCGAAAACUGCAUUCGAGGCUUUUUCUAUCUCGGAUACCAAGCUAGCUUCGCUCAGAAAUCCCGUAAUUCACGGCUCAAAGACCUGGAAGACAAAAUGUCAACCAACAUCUACUGCACCAACCUUCCGAUUGACUGGACCGAAGCGGACCUUCGCAAUCAUUUCGAACCAUACCGCGUUGUUUCCGAAAAGAUCAGCCGUGACGAAAAGACCGGAGUGAGCAAGGAAGUCGGUUUUGCACGUUUUGAGACACGAGAAAUUGCAGAGAAAGUGUUGGGCGAAUUCCAUAACGUGGUUGCGGGGGACGGCGUCAAGUUGCUUCUUCGCUUCGCAGACACGAAGGCCCAGAAGAUGUUGAAACAUCAGAGCAACGAACGCCGUGCCUAUCGUGCUGGAGAGUAUAGUUACUCGGUCGAGGUUGUCCAGGGUUCCACCCCGUCACCUUCGUUGCAUCGUCUCCGGCAAACCGCUUCUCAUAUCAGCCCUAACUCCCAGCUGAGUUAUACAUCGCCACUUGGAUGUACUGAUAAGAAAAGCAGCUGCGCUCUGGUGAAAAACCCCGCGAGCGGCACACGGUUCAAUCCUCGGUCGACACGCAACAGUCCUAAUGCCCUCGAAGAUACCCCUGUCUACCGCGGACGGCUGCCUUCUGUGAACGGUAACGGGUUGUCCGACAACAUUCCCGCUGGCUCUGGUAAAUCCGUCCUUCCGAGCACUCCGUGUUCCCAAUCAAAAUCGCAGUCCAAGUCCGAAUCAUGCAGCCCUCAAAAGCAGCACACCAGGUCUGGGUCCGCGUCGCCGUCCUCCUCCCGUGAGGAAGUUAUUGUGUGUUCGCCCCGUUCGCUUAUCUGA